AUGUACAUUUUGGAUUGGAGACUCUUUUCCGGUGCAACAGAUUCAAUGGCUGAUUCCCUGAGAAUUAGUCUCGCUGAGAGAGACGUUGAACAGGCCAUUACGUCACUUAAGAAAGGGUCUUAUUUGCUAAAAUACGGACGUAGAGGGAAGCCCAAGUUUUGUCCAUUCCAGCUCUCAAGUGACGAGUCCACGUUAGUAUGGUACUCUGGAAAAGAAGAGAAGCAAAUUAAAGUGAGUCAAGUCAUGAGAAUUGUUCCUGGACAACGCACGGCUACAUUCAAGAGAUAUCCACGUCCCGAGAAAGAGUAUCAAUCAUUUUCCCUCAUUUGUCCAGACAGGUCUUUGGAUUUGAUAUGCAAAGACAAGGAUGAAGCAGAAGUGUGGGUGGUUGGUUUGAAGGCAUUGAUUACUCGCGUAAAAGUCUCCAAAUGGAAAAACACUAUUAAACCUGAGAUCACUUCAGUGGAAUGUCCAACCCCUCAUGCACGAAGAGUAUCUCCAUUCGUAACAGUUCUUGAUCAAGUUAUCCAGCCCUCCCCUGAAACUUCUGCACCAAAUCGGAUGGGAAAAGUCUUUUCUGAUAUUGUAUCCAUAACUGCACCAGCAAGUAACAAUCAGACAGAAACCAAUACUACCAACCUCUUCUGUGCAUUUCCUCCGGUAAACGUUGAGAACUCAAUUUCACGAUUCUCGACCACUGAUCCAGUUCGGAUCAGUCUAUCUAGUGCUGUAAGCACGUCUAGCCAUGGUUCGUGUCACGAAGACUUUGAUGCUUUAGGUGAUGUUUUUGUCUGGGGUGAAGCUAUAAGUGAUGGUGUACUGAGCGGAACAGAAAAGUCAUUGAACUCCACAACAGAGGAUGCACUAUUACCAAAAGCAUUAGAAUCAACAAUAGUUUUAGAUGCACAAAACAUUGCAUGUGGUAGGUGUCAUGCAGUUUUAGUUACAAAACAAGGAGAGAUCUUCAGCUGGGGAGAUGGAACAGGUGGAAAGCUAGGGCAUGGCUUAGAAAAAGAUGCCUAUCAACCAAAGUUCAUUAGUAGUGUUAGAGGAAUAGGUUUCAAAUCUUUAGCGUGUGGGGAGUUCCAUACAUGUGCUGUUACUCAAUCAGGUGAUCUUUACAGUUGGGGUGAUGGCACAAGUUUUCUUGGUCACGGUAGUGAAUCAUGCUGCUGGAUUCCCAAGAGAGUGACUGGUGUCUUACAGGGAGUGCAUGUAUCAUAUGUCGCUUGUGGUCUUUGGCAUACAUCGGUACUUGCAUCAUCAGGUCAGUUGUUCACAUUUGGAGAUGGAUCUUUUGGUGCUCUUGGUCAUGGAGACAGGGAAAGCUCUAGUGUUCCACGUGAAGUUGAAAACCUAAGUGGACUUAGAGUAAUGAAGGUUGCGUGUGGCGUUUGGCAUACAGCUGCAGUGGUGGAAGUGGCAAAUGAAGCAUCUGAUGCAGAACUUUGCUCUUCGUGUGGGCAACUGUUCACAUGGGGGGAUGGAGAUAAUGGACAGCUUGGUCAUGGUGGUGAUGAUGCAAAACUACUUCCUGAGUGUGUUACUUCAUUGAAGAACGAAAAUAUAUGCCAAGUUGCAUGUGGACAUAGUCUCACGGUUUCUCUUACAUCUAAAGGGCAUGUGUAUACAAUGGGUAGCAUGGUUUAUGGCCAGCUUGGAAAUCCUACUGCAAAGGGACAGUUCCCUGCACGUGUUGAAGGAGACUUAGUAGGGACUUUUGUGGAGGAGAUUGCAUGUGGUUCUUAUCAUGUUGCAGUGUUGACAUCUAAAUCAGAGAUUUACACAUGGGGAAAAGGGUUAAAUGGCCAGCUAGGCCAUGGAAACAUUGAGAACAAAAUGGAACCUACGGUUGUUGGGUUUAUGAAAGAAAAGCAAGUGAAAACUAUAACAUGUGGAUCUAAUUUUACUGCUGUGAUUUGUCUUCACAAAUGGAUACCUGGCUCUGAACAUUCACUAUGUGCUGGUUGCCGUAAUCCCUUCAACUUUAGAAGAAAACGUCAUAAUUGUUACAAUUGUGGUCUGAUAUUUUGUAAAGUAUGCAGUAGUAGGAAGUCUUUGAGAGCUGCUUUGGCGCCUGAUAUGAACAAAGCAUAUCGAGUGUGUUAUGGAUGUUUUACAAAGCUGAAAAAGUCAAGAGAGCUAUCUCCUUCUCCACCAACUCCACGAGCAAGAAACCUUUUGAAUAUGCGGAAAUCGACUGAUGUUUCAGAUAGAAGCAGCUUCACUCAAAAAUUCCUCUCAGCACACUCCAGAAUAUCUUCAGCUGAUUCUUUAUUGCAUCAUGGUGAAGGAAGAAACCAUAGACGAGACUUGAAACCGGAAGUAAAUAAUAGUAAUGUCUUUCCUUUCAUGAAUGACAGUUUAAAGUCUGUUGGAUCGCCAUUAUCCAAAGGAUUAAUAGGGUUGCCAAAACUCCCCAAGAGUAUGGUGGUUAAAAUUCCUGGUUCACGAGUGAACUCUCACAUAGCGUCUCCAGUUUCAGUAAAGUCAACUAGUCCACGCCGAUCUUAUGAAGUAACAGCUGAGGAAUCUAAACAAAUAAACGACGAUUAUAGUCAAGAAAUGGCGGGUCUAAAGGAACAUGUUGAACAACUCGUUUCAAAAACUCACCAACUUGAAGAGGAACUCGAAAAGACUCGAAGGCAGUUAAAAGUGGUCACUGCAAUGGCAGCAGAUGAAGCAGAGGAAAACAAAUCUGCAAAAGAGGUUAUUAGAUCUCUGACCACUCAGCUGAAGGAAAUGGCUGAAAAAAUAUCACAAAAAGAUGACAUUAGCACCAACUCAAAACACAAAGACAAAGAGACAUCAGAGAGUCAAACUCAGACAAAUAACCAGACACAUAUAAGAAGCAUGGUUUCUCAUGAUAGUCAACCGGAAAGCAACCUAACAAGUAAGAGCUUAGCUAAUGGGCAUAAAAGGCAGAAAAUGAAGCCGGAGAGGGUUGUGCAGGACGAACCAGGAGUGUAUUUAACAUUGUUGUCUUUACCUGGUGGUGGUAAUGAACUCAAGCGUGUCCGGUUCAGCCGGAAACAGUUUAGUGAAGAACAAGCAGAGAAGUGGUGGAGUGAAAAUGGUACUAAAGUGUGUGAACGGCAUAACAUUCUAGUUUCCUAG